GCAGCUUUCGAGUGAGGUGUCAUUUCAGGUAACUGUUCACACAAGAGUUUACUAGUUUCUUGCAUGUGACACACUGUUUACUACGCUUGCUCUUCAAUGAUGACGAGGGGAUCAAUUCUGAAUCUUCUAAUACUAUUGAUUUUUUGUUCAAACGUUUCAAUGGCGAAGAGGGUAUUCACAAGAGAACCAAGUCUAAAUAUACCGAAAGAGGAGCUGAUCAAACAUAUAGAGCUACGAAAAGUAAAAAACAAUUGGAUGCCCAAGGGAUUGGGAGAGGCUGAAGGUGGCGUACUACCUCGAUUCGAAGGCAGUCCUGACGACGCACUAAAGAUAUUUGAAAGGAAAGGAGACAAGUAUACGUUCGACAAACAACCGCUGGCUUCAGCUGAUCAGCUCAUGACGGACAGUUUCGGCUACAGAAAGGACAAGGAGUCCAUUUUCAUUCUACACACAAUCGGAACCGACGCCCAACACCUUAGCGUAAGAAACGUCGUAUCCGCACUGGCCAUGAGAAGGCUAAUAUGGAAUGAGUACAACGUGUUUCUAUUUAACAUGCCAAACGUAAUGGACUUCAUGCUGAAACACGUCGUAAGAUCAAUAUUUAUUCCUGCAGGUACAAAAAAGUUACAGGAAGUAGGUACAGUUUUAGGCAACUUUUUCAACUCAUUAAUUGUGAAGGAACUGAUAAAUGCCAAUCAGAUUCAUAUUGUGGGGUUCUGCUAUUCAUCCCAAAUUUCAGGAUACAUAGGACGAUACGUUUCUUCUUAUAAUGGCGGAGAAAGAAUAAAAUCUAUAACCGCUUUAGACCCAUUUACACUAGGGUUAUCCGGAGUGUUCAACAAACCCGUUUCCAAGGACGACGCUCAACUAGUGCACAUAUACCACACCAACUCAAUCGCGCUUGGAACACUUUACCGCAGGGGCACCGCUGAUUUCAUCUUCAACAACGGUUGGAUACAGCCCGGAUGUUACUUUUGUAAUUUUCAAAGUUCGGAUGCGUUUUUUAAAUUGAAGAACUUUCUACCAACGGCAAAGGAUGUACCUAAAGAAGAGAUGGAAUCGAAAAUUGAAUUACGCCUUGUAGACAAAGAGUGGGUGCCAUUCGGAGCCAAGACCAUCCAGAGUGACGAUGUGAUUCCCAAAUACCUUGGCAAACUUGAUGAGGCCUAUGCAUUAUUUACGUCUGAAAAAACAAACCCGAAGUACCAUAUUAGGCCAUUAGCGGAUGCCAAGGACCUGUUUAAAGAAGAAAAUGGCUUCAGAGGAAAGUUAGAGUCUAUAUUUAUUAUGCAUACGAUUUCUGGUGAUGCUGACAACUACUUUGUCAGAAACACAAUUACAGCAUUAGCUUUGAGAAAUUUCUUGAAGAAAUAUAACGUGUUUGCAUUCGACAUGCCAGAGUUGCAGGAUUCUAUGGAACAGACCAUCGCCAAAGCCAUGUACGGUCAAAGAACUAACUACAAAGACAUUAGUGAAACGAUUGGUAAAUUUUUCAACACAGCGAUCGCAGACAAUCUACUACAGCUUGACCAAAUACAUUUUUUUGGAUUUUGCUACUCUAGCCAGCUUGCAGGCUAUAUAGGUCGCUAUUUAUCCUCGACAAACGGUGGCAACAAGAUAAAAUCCAUAACAGCUCUGGACCCACACUCGGCGUUUUUAUACGCUUUUAAAAACAAAGUGAUCUCUAAGGACGACGCCCAGCUGGUGUUUGCCUACCACAGUAACUCAAUUGGCGAGGGGUCUCUCUUUCGCAAGGCAACAGCUGAUUUCAAUCUCAACAGUGGAUGGAUCCAGCCAGGGUGUUACUUCAAACGCAGCGUUAUGUGCAGUCAUAGAAGAGCUGUGACAGCAUUCUGGUAUGUGAUUCUAUACCCUCAGUUGUGGAUAGCAAGGAGGUGCAGUCAUUAUUUCCUUUUCAAGUCCUGCCUCUGCAGUUUUAUGUCAAAGACUUCACUAACAUUUCCACCAGUCUCCGGUGCAAGAGGGACGUAUUACUUGAACACUAUGUCGCACAAACCUUACGGAUUCGGCCCUUCAGGUGCUAACUGUAUCUCCUUCAACAGGGAGAAGAAAUCAGAGAAUAUAAUAAACAAGAACUAACCAACAUCUAGCAUGUUUAUAAUUCAUUACCAAAAUAUUAAAACUGCUGUGUCAACUCAUCAAAAUAACCAACGUCAAUCUUAAAGCUGAAGGUGUCAUUAGAAGUUCUUUGAGGCUAGCGGCCAUAUUUGAUUAAUUUCAAACAGCUGCUGAAGAGUGAUUUAUCAUCCCAAAGUAUUUUUAUAAAUGCCAUAGUGAUAGUAAUAAGGAGGCUCUAUAAGAUCUGAAAUUUUCUUCAGAAAGGUCUUCUAAUUGUGAUUUUGUAAAUGUUUUUCAAGGAAGUCCUUGGAGGCUAUCGGCCAUCUUUAACUUGCCCGCCAUAAGAGCCAUGUUAAUUUGAAACAGCCACUAAAGUUCCAUUACCAACACAAAAUUUUUAUUCAAAUACCAAAGUGAUUUUAAUUUAAAUAUCAAGGGCACUACGAGAUUAAAAACUGUCUUUGUAGUUGUUUAAGUGUUUGGCAGAGUUAGCACAGGUAGGCUCCAAGGGCUUUUAAUUUUAAAUUUAUAACAAAAUCAUAUCUGUUAAAUGUUGAUCAAUUAAUUAGCAUACAAAUAAACAACAACAUCGAAAAAUAUAUUUACACCUGUUGUCUCACGAAACAUGAAUGACUACUUAAGCACUUAAACUUUUCAUAUUCAGAGUGUCCAUAAGCAACUUUUCAGGACUUUGGAAUAUGGACCCCAAUACCAAUCAAAAAAGUUUGAUAAGAAGGAAUGUCCAAAAAUGCAUAUUUUCCCAGGUAGCUACCAUUUUUUUCUUUAUACAUAAAAAUGUUUGUAUUUGAAGCUUUACAACCGAUCCUUAUGAAAUUUGGGAUGUAUAUUAAAGUUAAAGAUAUCUGUAUUAGAAAUAAAAGAUAAGAGUGAGUCAAAUUAUUUAUUUAAAAAUUUCGGCCCAGGUACACUUUUAUUUAGCACUAGCUGCUGUACCCGUGCUUCGCAACGGAGAGAACACCUAAGAGAAAAUUUUAAAGUUUCA